UGCGGCCCCCGGGUGGGCGGGCAGUAGGAUGAUCACCAACACGCGGGGCUUCCUGUGGUCCGACCUGGAGACCCGGGCGCUGCUGGAGAUCUGGGGGGAGGAGGACGUGCAGAGCGCGCUGGACGGCAACUUUCGCAACAGCCAUGUGUACCGGGACGUGGCCUGCCGCUUGGCCGAGCUGGGCUUCGAGCGCACCCCGGAGCAGUGCCGCAUCCGCAUCAAGGGCCUCAAGCGCCAGUACUACCAGGCCCGCGAAGGGCUCAAGAAGAACGGGCACGCCCGCAAGAUCUGCAAGUACUACGACGAGAUGGACCGCAUCCUCAGCUGCCGGCAAGGCGCCGCCGGCCUCGACGGACAUCUUGCCAUCGAGCGGCCUCUGACCCCCGUGGCGGUGGCGGGAGGAGACGGCUGCCACCAACCCGCCGCCGCCAUCGCCGCGCCCCCUUCCGCCGGGCCCGGGAGUUUUCGUAACAGCCGUGAGGCGGACGCGGAGGAUCAGGACGACGACGACGAGGAGGAGGAGGAGGAUGACGAGCUCGAGUCUCCCCCGCGGGACAACUUCCACGAGGACUCCGGCGAGUGCUCCUCCUACGCCGAGCACGCCAUCAAAGUGGAGUGUCCCCCCUUCGCCAUCCCGCUGCCGCCAGCAGAGAGUUUUAAACAAAUUAAUGCUCACACCAAUGCACCACCCUUAUUAUCUCAGGCUAAAAGAUCAAAAAAACGGCAUGCAAACUUAACACUGGACAAAAUGAUGGAGAAGUUUUUGCAACAAAGUAUGGAUACUGAAGAGAAGUUUUACAAAUAUGAAGAGCAGCGGCUUAAAAUUGAAGACAAACGACGUGAAGCUGAGCAUGCUAGGGAGCUCCAAAUGUUACAAAUGUUGGGACAAAUGUUAGCAGGAAUUUCUUCUACAGUAUCGCAAAGGUCUUCAUGUAUACCAAGCAAUCCUUCACAGAGAUCAAAUCAUAGAUCAUACGGAGAUAAUUUUAACUAUAAUUCUAUGACAACAACACUAUCUCCACCCAUAGUUAUAGAGAGAUCUUUUUCAGUGCACAAAACACAUUCUAUAAAGGAAAUGGAGAAUAUAUUUCAAUUGGUGCGAAAUGUUAUUCCUCCUCUAACUGCCAAAAAACAUAAAGGCCAAGAUGGACGAAUAGGAAUUGUUGGAGGAUGCCAAGAGUAUACAGGGGCACCAUAUUUUGCUGCAAUUUCAGCUCUGAAAGUGGGUGCAGACUUAUCCCAUGUAUUUUGUACCAAAGAUGCAGCAACUGUGAUAAAAUCUUACAGUCCAGAGCUGAUUGUUCAUCCAAUUUUGGACAGCCCUGAUGCUGUUCAUGAAGUGGAAAAGUGGCUACCACGACUGCACUCGGUUGUCAUAGGGCCUGGUUUGGGAAGAGAUGAUGUGCUGCUUGAAAAUGCUAAGGGGAUUAUAGAAAAAUCCAAGGUCAAAGGAAUUCCUAUUAUAAUUGAUGCUGAUGGUUUAUGGCUGAUUGCCCAACAGCCUUCUCUUAUUCAGGGUUAUCCUCGAGCUAUUCUUACUCCAAAUGCUAUGGAAUUUAGCAGACUAUAUGAAGCUAUGCUUAGAGACCCUGUAGAUAGCAGUGAUCAUCAUGGAUGUCUGCUAAGGCUCAGCCAAGCCUUGGGGAAUUUGACAAUUGUUCAAAAAGGAGAACGAGAUCUUAUUUCAGAUGGAGAAAAAGUGCUUGUAUGUAGCCAUGAAGGAAGUAGCAGAAGGUGUGGUGGACAAGGUGAUCUCCUUUCAGGUUCUCUUGGAGUCCUAGCACACUGGGCAUUCCUUGCUGGACCAGAAAAAACAAAUGGUCAAAAUCCCUUUCUAGUGGCUGCAUUUGGAGCAUGUUCACUUACAAGGCAGUGCAACAACCAAGCCUUUCAAAAAUGUGGACGGUCUAUGACAGCUUCUGACAUGGUUUUAGAAAUUGGAGCAGCCUUUAAUAAACUCUUUGAAACCUAAGACCAAAGUAGCAGAGGAUGAAGAAAAAGACAACGCUGACAGCAACGGAAAUUACAGUAGGGUAUCCAUGUGUAAUGCACCAUUUUCAAGUGCUGUUAGCAGUAUUGGUAUACUAGGGUAGCUUUUAUUUUUUAAAAAUAGAAAAAUUGUAGAUAUUUUUUAAGGAGUUUGGAAUACAUUUUUUGGCUGAAUAAACUGUAGUUGCAGAUGUUAUAAUAUAAUAAAACUAAACUUAAAAGUAUUUCCUCUGUUCUAUCUCACAAGUUAUUGAGCAAUAACUAAAGGUGUGCUAGCAGCAAAAAAUGCACUCCAUAUAUGACAUAAGAACAAGCCAAAGUUAAGUAUUUUCAACAGUGGAUGCUGGUUGACUUGUAUGUUGUAUUGAAUUCAGUGGGACUUACUCCCUAGAAAGCGUGUUCAGGAUUGUGGCCUUAGCGUCAUUAAUUUUAGUGGAAGAAAUAUUAAAUAUGCAGUUAUUUCUCUCAUUGAAAUAAAUUGGAUUUGAAAGUACUUACCUUUGGUUUGAUUGCGUCAUAAUCUUCUUCCACCAGCUCAGUUUAGUAACUUGGCUUGAACCAACUUAAUUUCUGUUUUGUUCUAGGUACUACUACAGGGUUUCAAUUCUGCACAAUGAUUGUGCUGCAUUUGAAACUUGGCAUCUUUGAGCAGGGACUGCAUGCAAAUUGCCUUUAAAUCUUGAGUAGAGAGGCACUGAUUUUUGUUCCUUGCUUUUGGGAUGGAGAGGGAGGGAUGGGCAUCACUAGUCUUUAAAACAAAAAAUCCACAGCACUAAGAAGCUGUAGAACGUGGCAUGUGAAAGUAGAACUUAUUUAGCUGAAUGUAUUAAAGCUUCAUCUACUGUUCAGGGCUAGUUUAGAACAUGAAACCAAAUCAUUUGCAGAGGAGCUAGACAUAACUUGUACUAAAACCAUUCACGGGUUAUUUUUUUAAAAGGGGCUUAAGAAAUGAUCCACCAUGAUCAGCUUUUGGCAUAAGACCCAUAUAGUUUUUGCACAGGAAUAGUUGUUCAUAGGAAGUGCCCUUCGUGCUUUUAUACUAGCUUAAAAAAAUCACCUCCAAUUGUUGGUUACAGUGAUAAAAUAGUGUGUGGAUUGGAUACUUUUUUUUUUUUAAAUCACCAGCAUAUAGUAUGAAAAGGCAAAGGGCAGCCCUUAAUUGCACAACAAUAAUAAAGAACAGGCAGCCCACAACAGACUACAGGGUAGAGAGUAGGUUGUUCAAAGGUCAAUAGCAACUUAUUCCUAAUAUAAUGGCUUUGCGCUUCUUUGUAAUAAAGACAGCACACGCAUUCAAGAUGAGGUGCGUCAGCUGCUCUAAAUGUAAUCCUGCUAGUUUUGCCGAUUGACCAGAUAAACAUUUAAUUUUGUAGGAUCUAUGCACUAAGUAUUUUUACUUUAGAAAUUCCACCUCAUUGUAAUGGUUUUUAAAAGACUACAGAGGAAGAGUAUGGCAGAAUACCCUUUAUUUUUACUUGAAUGACUUGCAGCCUGUUGCUAUGCAUAUUUACUCAGAAAUAAGUCCCACUAAAUUCAAUGGGACUUACUCCAAAGUAUGUAUAUGGACAACUGCAGCCUUAGUCUACAAUCUCUAAACUAGCAUUCCCAUUUAGGGACAGACUGUGUUGCUCUUCCUAGGGUUUGCUACAAUAUACAGUAGUCAGACACUACUUAACAUUAACUUUCUACUUGCAACCAGGAGAUUGCUCUGUAUAAAUUCGAUGUGCUUACCGCUAACAUUUGGAUGCACUGUGACUACUACCUCAGAACAAUACGUUUGUUUUGUUUCCUUUUAAUAUAAAAUGUUCUGUUCUUUGGUUUUAUCAAAGUUCAGAGCACCAACUCAAAAAAUAUAUAUGAUGCAGUCCCUAUCACUUGAGAAUGCAGGUGAGGGAUACUGCUCUCCCAUGUAAAAAACAUAGCAGGAACAAGGACAUGUGAUCCCUCACUUUGCUUCUGGUAGUACUGACUGUGGUUGGCAUAAUAGACUUUUUCUAAACUAUUGAAUCAGCUCUGAGAGGUUGCCUGUAUUUAAGCAAUAUUUAUUUAUAGGGCAUUAU